AUGGCCAGUCGACGAGACAACAGUCAACCCACCAGUUCCGAGGGCAAGUCUAAUGACCAUCUGUCUCCCAUCUGCAUCCAAACUAACGCCACAUGGUUUAUAGAUCUUCUCAUCGGCACCCUUCUCUUUCAAAUAUCAGUUAUCUCGUCCCUCGCCAGCUCUGAAAUGUCGCGCAAGGAGACUGAGGUUAGCCCGCUAGUUCAGUCAUCUCUCGCCGGCGUUAUCGGAGAAGAAAGCGGUGCCCGGAAUCUCAUAGUCGCCCUACUAGGGCAGACCUAUAGACUCUGCCCUGAGCCGGAAAGACUUCCACUUCUAUGGAACCUCGCCGACAUAUUCUCUCCAAUUGCUCCCGGAAACGCCCAUCGUGGCAGCCAUGUAAUGACGAGUGUGGAAACAUCCUUAUCGAGACCCCCCAGUCCAGGUCACUCGCAACCUGGACGAACUACUGCUCAUGCAGUUGCUCUCCAUCGAUAUACCUCCGCGUUGCAUGAGAGGGGCCAGAGAGAAAGCAAGAGACUUGAGCGAAUUGAGGAGCAGACAAUCACACUGGAUCCGCCUUUGUUCAAGGUAAUUGUCCAGUAUGGGAAUGUCACUUGCUCUGGCAUGGCUCGAACAAAGAAAGAGGCUGCGCACUUGGGCGCCAAGGAAAUUUGCCGCCAAUUGAAUGAAACCAUAUGA